CAGUGAUUCAGUAUUUAACGACGUGUAGCAUAUAUACAGCACCGCAAGUUGUGAAACAACGUGUAAAUAAUUCGUAGUUACAGUUUCUGUUACUGUUAUGACACUGUUGUGGUCACUUCAGGUCGCAUCAGGGUGAGCAGCCUGGGUCAAAGUAAGAGCAGUCAAACACUUUUACUUAUGAACCAUGGCUCAUUAUAGAGAGACCGAGUCCGAGCCUCGGGUAUAUGGCUACACCAGGACAGCUUCCGCAGUGCUGGCCCACUUGAUCUGCGGGGUCUUCACAGUGUUCAUCGCGGUCCUUUCUCGACCGGGUACAAGUUGGUUUUCCUGGCAUCCUUUCUUCAUGACAAUGGCUUUCUCCUUCUUCAUGACAGAAGCCAUACUCCUCUUCUCUCCCCAUGGUUCACCCAUCAAAAAGUUUUCACACAAGACCAAAGGUCGUGUUCACUGGUUGCUGCAGUGUCUGUGUGUGUGCUGUGCGGUGCUGGGCCUGGCAGCCAUCUCCUACAACAAACACCUAAAUGGUAAACCUCACUUCACCUCAUGGCACGGUUUGCUGGGCCUAGUCACAGUGUGUGCCGUGGGCUUGCAGUCUUUGGCAGCUAUGCCCCUCAUUUACCACUCUCUAGCCAAAGGCUGGUCCCUAGCCAAACUCAAACGCUACCAUGCAGCGUCAGGACUUGUCACCUUCGUGCUUGGCAGCGCUAGCCUGCUUCUCGGCCUCUGCUCGGCCUGGUUCACUGCGUCUGUCAGUGAAUACAUCUGGUACCUGUCAGCACUCUGCCCUGCUCUCGGCGCCCUUGUCAUAAUGAACCAAGUCAGCACUUCUUACAUGGCUAAAAAACGCUUACAGUCCUGACGAAGGAUACAAUAUGGACAAUUCAACAACACCAUCACUGAGUACUUUUGUGAGGUCCGCCUAAAGAGAUUUCAUUUUCCUUGUUACAUGCUGUCAUUGCAUGGAAGUCCAAAAGACGAUGAUCUCUGCAACCUCUCUAAAAAUCUGUCAUUCCAACAAACACCGCUGCCAAAUGUGGAUCAUGAAAUAUUUGUCUUUUUUUUCACAAUGUACACAUCUCUGAAGCUAUCACUGAGGACACGGACUGUUGAGUAGUUCUUGAGACAUUUCCCUCUGAACCAUAAGUGUCAACCUCAUGGUGGCACUAGAUGAAAAGUCAGUGAAAUACCAAAGUCUGUGGGCUUAAUCCUCAGAGGACCAUAUUUGGAUGUGUUUAUUAGAGAUUUAAGUUUGGACCAAAGUAGUGGACCAGUGUAUUCAUAAAUAAAUCUUAGAGGCUUUUGGUAUUCUCUACCAGGAUCACAAAAGAGGCAGCAUUUAGAGCAGUGGUCACCAACUCUGCUCCUGAAGAACUACUGCCCUGCAUGUUUUAGGUAUCUCCUUACUCUAACACACCUGAUUCUAAUUAUUAGUACGCUAUCAAGCAGCUGAAUCUUGUAAAGGGCUUGAUAACGAGACAAUUAUUAGACUCAGGUGUGUGAGAGUGGGGCGACACCUAAAACAUGCAGGGCAGUAGCUCUCCAGGAGCAGGGUGGGUGACUUCUGGUUUAGAGGGUUAUGAUCAUGUACACCAUCAUAUUGCAAGAUAUGUCAAAUGAUUCAAUAAAAUGAUUUUUUAUUAUUUUUUUUAUGAGGUUAGGCCUUUGGACUCAUAUUGUACUUCAAAUCCUGUCCAAAGGUUUCUUUUUUUGAUAUGGUUAUCUCAGGUCAAUUGCUAUGCUGCCUUUUAAUAUUGAUACUGCCUUUGAUGAUUUAGCCACGUUUGAAUGAAUAAGAUUAUAUAUCACAGUAAAGAUGUGUUGUAAAAUAAAGCAUUUGAUAAG